AUGCGCAGCUGUCAGUAUCUACUCCUUCUUUUCCUCGCCAGUGACACUAGUAAUGACGCAAUUUCGGAACCGACACGUAAAUCCCAGCUUCAAAAAAUAGAGUCAAAGCGGGGCAGUGUUACUCAGUGGGAGAUCCACGGCAGUCGCUUGCUUCGUUCAAGCGGUGGCAAGAUCAAAGCAAAUGAAGAACGAAUGGAGACGGAGAUGUCGAAACUCGGUGCACUGUUUUCAAGGGGCAUCAAAGCCAUGAAGUUGGUGCACAGUACAUCAUUCAAGACGUUACUCCACCUUAAAAACAAUGUAUUCGCAAAUAUAAUGGAAACGGAAGGAGCCCUCCACGCGCUUAUGUUAGGUUUUCAUCCUCUCGAGGUAAAGUCCCGGCUGGAGCACGACCACGAUAUAGCAGUCCAACUGAAACUUUCUCUCACACACUGGGAAAGAAAUCCAGAAACAAAGAACCUUCUCAGCCUCCUAGAGAAGCAAAACGAGUGGAUGAAGAGUAUACAACCUCCUGCAUCUCUUUCGGCUGGGAUAAAAUUUUGGGAAGAAGGUUUGCAAAAACUGGAUAGCCUAUCCUGUUUAAAUGCUGAAAAAAUUCUCGAAGAGACAAUCUCGCAAUUAUCACAAGAGGGCCUUUCCGGUGAAGCUUUAGUCGAAAAGAACCUGUCGCCAUUUGUGUAUGGCACAGCGCUGUACUACAUGGGUAAAGAACAGGCAAAAGUUUUAUCGGGGGAAGAAUUCAGCGCAUGGUACAAUAAUCAGCUCAAAAGAUUCGCAAAUUUUGUCAACGCCUACCGAGACAAACUCAACCUUCCCCCCAGGUAUGCUAAACUUCAUUUAUUUGCCGAUUUCGAGGUUCACGAUGGUGUUGCAACAUGA